AUUUAAUAAAAUUGAUAAUCAAUAAUGGAUUCCAAAGAUGUCAUUUUUAUAAUAGAAAAAUCACAGGACUUCUCAAUUUUUAAUGGUAAAAAUAGCAGUUCUUCCAUAAUACCCAAUUAAAAAGAUUAGGAAUUAAUGAAUACAAUUUCCUUUUUAUAAUCUGAAUUAAAUGAGACAAAAGCUAACUAUCAGUAACUUUUCAAAGACUUUUAACUAUACUAGUAAAAGUCUGAAGAAUUGCUUUAAAAAUAAUCCCAAUAUCUCUUAAAAGAUUAAUAGUUAUAAAGCGAUUAGAAAGAUUAAAUUAAAUCCCUGCAAAACUAAAUUGAUUAACUUAUUUAAAGAAAAAAGGAAACAUCAGAAAUAAAUAAUGAAAAUGUCUAAUUUUUGGAGUAAUUACAGAAUUAAUAAUAAUAAAUAGAAAAACUUUAAGAAGAAAGAGAUUAAUUACAUGAUUUGAAGAAAAGUUAAUAAGAGAUAAUAGAAUAAUAGAGGAGUAAAUUUUAGGUUUAAGAGAGCCAAAUUUAAGAAUUAAAACAGUCAGUGUAGGAUUUGUAAGGGGCAUUGGAAAAAAGAAAGCAAGACUAUGAUUUACUUGAGUUAUAGAUGAAAAGUGAGAAGGAAUAGGAAAUAAAAUUUCAUUUAUAGAGUAUUGCCAAAAGAAUCAUUGAAUAAUUGAAUAAAAUUAAAAACUAAUAUCAAACUUGGGAAUAGCAAAAAAUCUUAAGAAAAGAAUUGGCCUAACAUUUACUUGAAAUUUUUAAUUAAAAUUUAAGGUAGCCUCUCAAGGCAUGCGAAUUAACAUUUAGGCAUGAAUUUUAAGAUAAUAUGAUUAAUGGUUUUGAUGAGAUUUAGAAAAAGAAAAUUUAAUGA